UGCAACAUCAAAUCCACUGCUCCGCGUCCUCAACCGCAGUCGCCUAUAAUGCACCAGCGAGAGGAGGAGGAGAAGAAGAAGAAGAGCUGGAGGUCCAACUCUGCUUUCAUCUAAAGCUCAGUAACAUUUGGAUUUGUCUUUCCGCCUCUGGAGCUUCUCGCUGGAAUAUUACAGCCGCGCGCGCGCGCCAAACGUACGUGCGCAACGGGGAGAUGAGAAUUGCAUCCUGAAACCACAUUUUGCUAAAUGCCACUUUAGAGUGAGGACGUGCGAGGCACCAGCCAACACAUGGAGUCCAGGGUUCCCCACCACAUACCCGGAGUGUCCUCCUCCAUCAUAUCCCAACCCCUGCUGGACAGUCGAGUGCCCUACGGUCGUCUUCAACAUCCGGUCACAAUCUACCCCAUAGACCAGAUAAAGUCUUCGCACGUGGAGAACGAUUACAUCGACAGCCCGGCUGUUGUUGCUCAGCAGCCUCUGAGCCAGAAGUCUUCAAACCGAAGGAUCACCUGGCUGGGUCAAAAUCAGGAGGUGUUCCUCGGGGCAAACCACAACCAUCACCACAAUCAUCAACAUCAGCCCCAGCAGCAGGGCAGGUGUGAGCCUCAUGCUCACCAGGACACCACCACCCACCCUUGGAUUUCCUUCAGCGGAAGGCCCAGCUCCAUAAGCAGCAGCAGCAGCACGUCGUCUGAUCAGAGGCUGCUGGACCACGCUGCGCCCGUGCCAACAGUGGACCACCACCAUCACCAGGGCCCCAUCAAUGCAAUCACUACCCGAACUCCUGGGUGCCUCUCUUCCUCCGGAUCUAAAGUCCUCACUACUUCUUCCUCUGCUUCUUCCUGCUCCUCUUCCUCAAAAUCACUAGACCUCAAGUCUGCAAAGAUUGCUGCUGGAGGGGUGUGCUCCAGCGGGGGUCAGCAAGGGUUGGCGUUGAUCCCUUCCUCCCCAACUGAGAAGAAGCACAUGUUUCUCUGUGAGCGCUGCGGGAAGUGUCGAUGCACGGAGUGUACACUCCCCCGAACCUUACCCUCUUGCUGGGUCUGUAACCAGGAGUGCCUGUGCUCUGCACAGAGCCUGGUGGACACGGCCACCUGCAUGUGCCUGGUCAAAGGGAUCUUCUACCACUGCGCCGAAGACGAGGACGACGAAGGUUCCUGCGCUGACAAGCCCUGCUCGUGUUCCCAGGCUAACUGCUGUGCACGCUGGUCCUUCAUGGCCGCCCUCUCCAUGGUCCUACCAUGCCUCAUCUGCUAUCUACCAGCCGUGGGUCUGGCCAAACUAGGACAGAAAUGUUAUGACAAUGUUAGCAGGCCCGGCUGCCGCUGCAAGAACUUACAGGGUGGCAUUAGUGUCCCUGUUAGUAAAACUGCGGGUGUUGAAGCAAAAGUUGGGACAGAGAAGAAGCAGCAGGGGUCAUGAUAGUAGACCAAACUGUAUGGCUGUGGCCUAGCUAGAAUGUGGAGAGGACCACACAGUGCUUACUCACUCUCAAUGGACUGGACAAUCCAACACCAACCCAUUAAACUAGCCCAUUAAUCUGCUGGAAGAUGAUUUACGUAAAACAACGGUACUUAUAUGGCUUCUUGACAUAUGUUUAAUAGUGUGGAUGAUCAAAAUGGGUCAGCUGACAGAGGAAGCUAGUAGGAAUAGCUAACGGGCCCUCUGAGAUGUGUUUAAUUAUAUUUUUAUGUUUGGUAAGAGUGACAAGGAGAAGAGACUAGAAUUGUGGGACUUUUUUUUUUUGUGAUUUGCAAACAUGGCUGAAGGCACAAAGUCAAUGUACCUCUCUGCUGCUCAUUGCUUUUCCAAGUAAUUUUGAAUCACUAACUAACCAGAAACUGGUUGAUAAUACUAACUUCACAAUCAUUGGUGGAGAUUUGAAAAAAAAAAAAGGUAUUUAAUCCCACCCAUCUCCCCAAAAGCACAGCGCGGUGUCAAGCAAGAAUAUAACUACCGGUAGUUAAUGAGAAAAUACUGUGGCUUUAUGAUAGA